GUGUGCUAGGGUUCCUGAGACAAUGCCUUUAUAUGACAUACUAAAUGAGUUUCGGAAAGGUCACAGCCAUAUGGCUGUUGUUGUGAAGCAGAACAAUAAAACAGAGCAUACAGCCAGUGAACACUUGAACAGAGAUGUGAAGGUGGACAUCGAUGGUGAAAAGCAUCAACCAGGGAAAUAUUUAUCAAGCAUAAGAACAAUCAAUAAGUGGAAGAAUUUAGAUGGAAAUUCACAGAGAGCAUCCUCCAAAAGCAAGAAAUGGGCAAGGGGCUUCCACACAGAAAUACUGCAAAUCAAUGAUGCUUCACUCCCUGUGAACAAUGGAGAGGGGGAAGCUACUGGUAUAAUAACGCUGGAAGAUGUUAUUGAAGAGCUCUUGCAAGUAAGUCUAAUAAACUUUUUUUCUAAUGAAUUUUCCUCCAUCGACUCUCAAAGCAGGAAAUAUACAUAUAUAUAUAUGGCCCUACUAUUUUUUCCCAUGCAGGAGGAGAUCUUUGAUGAGGCAGAUCAUCGUCAUGAAAGUUAAAUGAUAUCUCCAUACAGGUAGCAAACUACAGAAGGCACAAAUCUACAGAAAGGAAGAAGAAUUUCAAUUUCAUUAUGCAUAGCAUAAUCGGAAACCAACAGAUUUGAAUAUUGGAAGGAAGUA